AUGAUAGCAGGACGCGCGAUUCCGGUUCGCGCGCAGCGAACUGGCCUGCCGACAACAAAGGAACACGUUGGCAAUAAACAAGACUUGUUGUUAAAUGCUCCAUCUCCAUGCAGUAGCAGUGACAACAACAAACGCAGGGACAUCGUCAACCUAGUAAAAAAGCACUGGAAAUGUGGUUAUGUUGAGUGCAGUGCGAGGUACAACUGGAGGAUUGUAGCAGUGUUCAAGGAACUGAUGAAGACUAUAGAUUCAAUGGAGGCAGUUGGAGGUCAACAAGUCUGCUCACCCAUGAUAGACAACAUUCACGAUGCUCUCGACAGAAACAAGUGCGUCAUUCUGUGAAUCACCAUCCUUCAAUUACACCUACAGCUUUAUACUCCGUACAAAAUUACUUCAGACUGGAAGGAAUUUGCGGCGCAGAGAAAUGGAGGAAGAUCAGCCAAUUACAGUGAUGGAUAAAGUCAUAGGAAGAAGCGCGCAGUUGCCAAUUUGUCGAUCAGACUCAGUAGACUGAGCGCUUCCAGAGAGGAAACAUCCGUAUGCAUAUCAUGAGCGCUUGAAUACUCACUAGAAAUUAGAGAACGCUGGCCGGUUCAAAACGGUAACAUAGCCGCCGUUGUAUCUCUGCCGCUGUAUGCCUUCUCUGCUACGCAUGUCCAUUCCAAGUAAGAAGUAAUUUAGUACAGAUUAUAGGUGAGUUCCGAGGACUACCAGGAAGCGAUUUUCGAAUUCAUACAAAAUAAUAUGUAGCGGAGUCGCCUCCGGGUGGUCACCCGUCCAAUGAGAGUAGCAGAUGCAUGAAUCUUAACUUAUAUGAGCUAUAACAUAUGUGUGCUGUUGUACUAUGAUUUACUCUAUUUAUGUGUUUCCAGGUAUACUUGAAUUUUUCUAGAGAUUUAACUUGAUGGAGGACAAAAUAAUAAUAAUAGAGAUUGGCAGUUUAAUUUAUAUGUGAUAGUAUCGUGCAAUAAUUUCUUCCACAUUUAUGCGUUACAAAAAAGGUUGGUUAUAGAAUGAUACAAAUACUGAUCGAUUCAAAGUUAUUAUGUUUUCAAGUAGGUACCGGUAUGCAAGUCUAUAAUGUCAUAUUUGGAAAUAUUAUUUCGGAUUAGAUUGUUUAAACUGGUAUCGUUGUGUAAUUUAUCUAGAAUUAAUACUGUUAUUUAAAAAUAUUCAUUAUUCAAAUAUUAUUUGUUAACAUGUAAUAGGCCUAUAAAUAUUCAUAAGAUUUUUUACCAAAAUAGAACUAUUGAGACAUGGGCUGAUUAAUGUUGAACAUGAUCGGUAACUGAUUGAUUGAAAUACUGCAUUUACAGGUAAGAACUGCGAGACUUUUGUAUUUUGAAGAUCUAUUAUCCGCUAUAAACAUAGACUUUUAUUUUCUAGAUUGUAAUAUUCGAUAACUAGAAUAGUCACCAUCUAUAUUAAUAAAGAUAAUGAUCUAACUAUAUUAUUAUCAGCAAUAAAAUUCAUCAUAUAUUAUUUGAAAGUUUGAAAUUUCCAAUUAUGGAUCAAAAUAUGUGGUUUGAAAUAAUGUAAAAUGGAAAUUUCCAUUCUAACCCACAUUAUUGUGGGCUCCAUUAUAUUGGAAACAUUCUUCUGGAAUCUGAUCUGAUUAGGCCUAUGUGAAUAUCUAUGAAUUAAAAAUAUUGACAAAUUAAAAUUAGUGGU